GCUCAAUGAUCCAUAAAAGUAGGGUUAAAUUUUGGCAAAUUUUUGGACUUAAACAAGCGUUAAAUGUUAUAUCUUUCAGCAAGCCUAACGAGCAACAACCGCUCUCUUAUUCUCGCUAAUCAACCGCCUGAUGAUCCUUCUUGUAUGGCUUAUGAUUGGAAUGGUCGAAACAUUUAUGUCGGCAAAAAACAUUCACAGACAAUUGAAGUUGUUCGAACACAGGGAGAACAAUUCCACGCCGUCAUUUUGCACAACGAUCAGUCACCGACCGCCGUUUCGAAUCCAGUUGCUAUUGCUGUUGAUUCUGACCGCGGGUUACUAUUUUGGUUGGAUCAAGGCAAGGGAGGUGUUUCCACUAAAUUAGCUGGUGCAGACUUGGAUGGAAACAACCCUUUAGUUCUGGUUAGCACUGACCUUGCUGAAUUGGAUCAUCUUGCGCUGGAUACUGUAAAUCGACGAAUUUAUUUUACUGAGGCUAAAGCUGGAAGGAUUACGAGUGUCUCUUAUAGCGGACAAGACAAACGCUACAUUCUUAAUGAUGCUGCAAAGCAACCACGAGCUAUCGCAUUCUUCCACAAUCACAUCUAUUAUGCUGAUACAGCAUUCGAUAAAAUUAUGGUGGGUGAUGUGGACACUGGAAGUGGUGACGAUCAACCACCUGAGUUUACUGAAUUUAGAGCAAAUGUUGAGCAUUUAACUAAUAUGCAUGUUGUUCACCCAGCAAAUACUCGAGAGGCACAUCCUUGCCAUAACAAUAAUGGAAAUUGUGAGCAACUCUGUAUCCCUAGAGGCCAGCAAAAUAAGUUUACAUGUAUUUGUGGAACUGGUUUUGCUGUGGAUGAGGAGACUAACAAAUGCAAACUCUUCGCAGAAUCCUUCCUCAUAAUUGCUGGGAAAAAUUACAUCAAGUCUAUUCCAACGGAUCCACUUCGUUCUAAAGUCACUGCCUUCGAUCCAUUGGCUGGAACUACUAUAACAAGCCUUGACUUCCACUACGAUUCAAAAUCCAUCUUUUGGGUAGAUGCGGCUGGACUAAAUAAAGGCAUUUCCCGGCUUGUUUUGGGUGAAUCUGAAAGUCGAUUGAUCAUAAAAAAUAAUUUUGGCGGCUUUACAAUUAAAAGUGUUGCAGUUGAUUGGGUUAAUUCCAACCUCUAUUUUGUGAACGCCGACUCGGAUCGAUCGAACAUAGAGGUGGCUCAGCUUAAUGGAGAAAAUCGCAAGAUUUUGUUAACAACUCGAACUGAAACUCCUACUUCUUUAGCUAUAGACCCGAUUGGUUUGUCUCUCCUCUCGAAGUUUUAA